UUCCAUCGUUACACAAUGGGGAGCUAGACAAAUCAUUAUGCAGUCGCUGCGUCAGUGAACUGUUGAAGGAAGGGUGCGGAGUGGUGCGGUCUGGAAUUUCUUAUUAGUGUAAGCAUUACAACAAACGCGUAGCUAUGACAGACUGGAUUCCGCUGGACGAGAAGGAACUCCUGCGCGAAACCAGCGGGGAAGCGUAUGACAACACCUCGCCGCAGGAGUUCCAGGCCUCCCGCGGCGCUGGUGGGGGCUUCAGGGACACGAGCUCGCCCACGGGCGGCGCAACGCAGGUGGCGGGUGUGCCACCACCACCUCGCCCCACGGGCAAAGAGAUCACUCGCGAGAUGAUUAUGAAAGCGCUGGAGAAGCAGGGCACGCGGCGGCGGCCGCACGCCACGCACGACGACCCCUAUGCCGAAGACAAGUGGCUGGCCAGCCAGUCGCAUCUGCACCUUAACGGCUGCCAUAUCGGCCGCAUCACCAACCUGCGCAGCCUGCAGACACUAGAGGUGCUGUACCUGUACGACAACCAGAUCAGCCUGAUUGAAAACGUGGCGCCGCUGCGGCGGCUGACGCACCUGUACCUCACCAGCAACAACAUCCGGGAGAUCAGCGGACUGGCGGGGUUGCCCAACCUUCAGAAGCUGUACAUCGAAAAGAACUGCCUGACGACUGUGAGCGGGCUGGAGCACUGCCCCUCCCUGGAGGAGCUGCACGUGUCACAGCAGCGCCUGCCGCCCGGCACCCCGCUGGCCUUCGCGCCCGCCUCGGUCGCCGCGCUGUCCGUCAGCCUACGCGUGCUUACAGCAGGCCAGUGCAACAUCAGCAGCGGCAGUGUGGGCCAGCUGCGCGGCCUGUCGCGGCUGCGGCGGCUGGACCUGUCACACAACGGGCUGGACAGCUUCGAGGCGCUGGACCCCGUGCUGCAGCCCUGCGCGGUGCUGGGCAGCCUGGACCUGAGGGGGAACCCGCUGUGCAGGCAGCCCAAAUACCGCGACACCAUCAUCCUCAUGAACGAUUCCGUCACCACCGUGGACGACGAGCCGGUGGCCGCCCAGCACCGCGAGUUCCUGCUGCGGCUGCACAUCCGCCGCAUGAAGGCGCAGCUGGCGGCGGAGCUCAAGGAGGAGGAGAAGGCGGCGGCGGCGGCCGGGGCGGAGCAGGCCGGGACAGGGGCAGCAGCGGCAGGGUUGGCAGCAACGGGGCCGACGCCGAGCGGGGGCUCGUUUGGGGCGGGUCCGGCGCGCAGCGGCGGGUCUUUUGGGGCGGGGCCGGCGGGGCAGGGGUCGGCUGCGUCAGCGGCGCACGGGCAAGGCGUGACGGGUGCGGCGCACCGUGUGCCGCCUCGGACAGGCGGCUUCACGGCGCCGCCGCCAGGAGGGGGUGGCGGGACCAGCGGCGUGGGGUCGAGGUCGCUGUCUCGGAACACGAGCACCAGCGGCACAGGGGGCAAGAGCAGCUCGGGGCGGGUGGCGGUGCAGGCGGUGACGCUGGGCAUGGAUGGCCUGGGCCUCUCGCGGUGAGGUGUCGACGUGGGAUGCGGAGAGAACUUACCAUUAGGCUGCGUGGCGUACGAAGUGGAGUCCAGGUGCGCGCGUAGGGCAGGCUUGACUUGGUUUCUGAGUGAGGUUAUGACAGAACAGGGUACAGGACAACGUAGCUGACCUGGAAGGUAGGUAGAAACGGCGCGGGCGGUUGCUGCACCCGCCAGUCAUCCGGUGCGCUCGCCCGAUGCCUUCUAGAUCUCCUACAUCGGAGAAAUGGAGUUUAUGGCCGUGUAUAAAAUGAAAGCGCCAAGUGCGAAGGUGUACAGCGCCGAAAGCGCUCAACGAAAGUGCCAGGGGAUAUUUAUAAUUCGC